AUGCUUCGUCAACUGACAUUUAAAGUAUGCAGUGGUAUAUUUUUCUGUGAAUCAUUCUGUCUUGCGAAUUUCAACAAAAGAUGUUGUCAUGGUCGACGAUGGCGGAGAAAUGAGGGAAAAAUCUUUUUGUCCUGGUCAAAUGUAGGAAGGAACGCUCUUACAGAAAGACAAAGAAUUCGUAUAGGCCACUACCAACGGCAAGAAUGUUUUGAACCCGCUGCACCCUUACCACCAGAACGGCGCGAACCGCGCACAGAACAGUUUGUACCUGCAGCAGCACCGCCACCACCACGGCGCCCAGCAAGACGGCCACCAUUACAAAAUGCUGAAAUUACCUCAACAACUCGGGCCACCGAAGCUCGUCCUGUGGAGGUGAUUGUCAUCAGCGAUGAUGAUAUCUGA